AAACAUGCGCACUUUCAAUAAAAUGGAUCCCUGGGUAAUCCUCAUUGCGAUGCAACCACCCAAGAUGGCAACCAAAAUCUAAAAGUAAACCUGACAAAGAAACAAAAAAAUAUAAACAUUUUCACCUAUAUAAGUCGCUCUCACUAAGAUAUAUUGACAAUGGAGAGUGCCGGUGAUCGCUCAACCCAAAAAAGUGAGUUCCUUGUGGGGUCUAAAUACCGUCUUGUGAGAAAAAUAGGCAGUGGGUCGUUUGGUGAUAUUUAUCUCGGAAUCAACAUAACAAAUGGAGAAGAAGUUGCAGUUAAAUUGGAAUCUGUUAAAGCUAGACACCCACAACUGCUUUAUGAAAGUAAACUUUAUAAAAUUCUUCAAGGUGGAGUGGGUAUUCCUCAUAUACGCUGGUAUGGUCAAGAAAAAGAAUACAAUAUCCUUGUUAUGGACUUGUUAGGGCCAAGUUUAGAAGAUCUGUUCAACUUCUGUUCACGCAGAUUCACUAUGAAAACCGUUUUAAUGCUUGCAGAUCAAAUGAUAGGACGUAUCGAGUAUGUCCACAAUAAAAAUUUCAUUCACAGAGACAUUAAACCUGAUAACUUCUUGAUGGGAAUAGGUCGUCACUGCAACAAAGUUUUCUUGAUCGACUUUGGGCUAGCCAAAAAGUACAGAGAUAGUCGCACAAGAACCCACAUUGCAUAUAGGGAAGAUAAGAAUCUAACUGGAACCGCCAGAUACGCCAGCAUCAAUGCACAUCUUGGCAUAGAGCAGAGCCGUCGUGACGACAUGGAGUCACUUGGCUAUGUAUUGAUGUAUUUCAACAGAGGAAGUCUACCGUGGCAAGGUUUGAAAGCUAAUACCAAAAAGCAAAAAUAUGAGAAAAUUAGCGAGAAAAAGAUGUCAACCCCAGUAGAAGUUCUUUGCAAAGGUUUCCCAGCAGAAUUUGCUAUGUACCUGAACUACUGUAGAGGAUUGAGAUUUGAAGAGGCUCCAGAUUAUAUGUACUUACGACAACUUUUCCGCAUUCUAUUCCGUACCCUGAACUAUCAGUACGAUUACACUUUUGACUGGACAAUGUUGAAACAAAAAGCAGCACAAGUAGCUCAGUCCACAGCUACAGCUGCUGCUACCGCUGGUCGCUAAAUUUGCCAAAGUCUAAUGUUGCAUUAUUGUCAGAAAAUAAAAAUGUAUAUGAAUUUAAAUUUGAAGGAAGUGUUUGAAAGUGUUAGAUCCGUUUAUUUGACUUGUGUAGGAAUUUGAGAAUUAUAUGUAUUGAAUUUGUUAUUAAAUCUAUAAUACUGCAAAAUUCUGUUCCAUCUUGAGUUGUUGCAAGAUAUGGCUCAAAGUCAAACUGUCAAUUUUACUGUCAUAAAAUUUUGAAGGAAAGAUGAAGGUUUUAUGGAAUGGUACGUUUCAGCAGUUAGUGCUAAUAAGCAGUAAAAAUUUCCUUUAUUACACUGUAAAAUGUAUCAGUGUAGGGAUGAAUAAAAUCUUUUCAUUACAUGUGUGUAUCCUAAUUAUUUUUUAAUAUUUUGAUGAAAGAUGUAUUUACAACAAAUGUAUGUGUAGUGUUAAUAAUAGUAUCCUAUCUAAUAAUGUUUACAUAUUUGUUAUGAAAGUGUGGAGGAAAUAAUUUUAUGAUGUAAUGAAUUUAUUUUGUUAAAAUAUUUUUGGUGGUUAAUUAGAAAAUCUCUCAAAACAAUUUUACUUGUGUUUUUAUUUAUGAAAUACCUUUUUUUUUUUAAUUCUUUCAAUUUCUGAGGGUGGAUGUUUAAAACUUGAGAUUACAUGUAAUAAUGUUUCCAUUUUAAAAGUUUUGUUUAUUUACAUCAUACUGCAAUACCCAUUACAAUGUUACUUUAUGGUAUGCAUUAUUGUAACAUACAGUUGUAGUUCCAUAUUUUCCUUUGAUAGUUACAUGUGGGAUUUUUUUCAACAUUGAUUGUAUGAAGAUACAUGCAUGACAUGUAUGUAUGUUAAAAAUUUACAAAAUGUUAGGACUAAACUUAUAGAUAUGUGUGAAAUUUUAACAUAUAUUUGUUCAUGUAAAUGUAGGUCAAAUAACAGUUCUAAAUAUUCAAGAAACAAAAUGUGCUUUUAAUAAUGAGUCUAAAUAUUAAUGAUUUUAAAAUACUGUAGUGCUACAUUUUGUUACAAAUUUCUGUCAAAACUCAACAUGUGUUUUCACUUCUUUUCAAUAUUUAAAUAAGUCUUUAAGAAAGAUAUAUAUAAAUCUGAUACAAACAUCAUGUACUAUGAACAUGUACAUUUAUUUUUUAUUAGGAGGUUCUUAAUUAUAUCUAUUACGUGUUCACCUCAAAUAUAUGUGUAAGGUGUGUAAUUGUUGACAUUUUCUGUUAAAAUUAUUUUGAAAUAAGGAAGUACAAUAAUCAAUGUACAUGCAAAUUUUUUAUGUCUCAGUUUAAUACAUGUACAUGUACAUGUACUCUUUUAAACCAGAAAUCAUAGUUAUAAAAUUUUACAAUAUAAAUAUAAUAACAAGUGUAUAUUGUACUUCAUAUCGGAAUAUAUUUUUUUUGUAGUAUCCUAAAUACAUUUAACAACAUUUAGUGUACAUAUUCAUGUAUAUUAUUUUGGCUCAGAUGAAUGUGUGUGUAAAGUGAAAUUCUUCGCAGUUAUUAUAUAAACAUACAUUUAAAACUUACCAAUGGUAAGUUACCAUUCUUCUUUUAAUUGGCCUAAAUACAUAAAAUUAUGCCUCUUUUUAACAGUUGUUUUUGUAUGUACUAACUUCGUGUGCAAGUACGUUCAGAAAAUGCAUAAUUUUUUAAACAUUUAAACAAUGGUCUACAUGUAUGUACAUAAAUAUAAUGUACAUCUGCAUUGGUUUUUUUUGUACAGUUGCCUUGUACACAAUCAGCAUUAAGUAUUUUUUGCAGACUGGAUCAGAAAACAUCAUGGGAGACAAUUGUUAUUUUUUCUUUGUAGUGUUUUUUUUUUUAAAAGAAUUUUGGUAUACAUUUUAAUUUUAAUGCAUCUACAAUGUAUUUACUUUGACAAUAAUGCUUGUACAUUUGCUAACACAAUUGUACUGUACAUGUUCAUGUUAUAAUACACAUGUAUGUUCUGUUAUAUUCCUUAUUUUUUUAUUCCAACAGUUGAAUUGUCUCCUUUUUAUUUAUCUGGGUCAAGUUUUUCAUUAGGGAGGGAAACUGAUUAUACAUGUACAUGUAUUUAUAAAAAGAAAUUUUUUAAUUUUCCAUACUAGGAAGUCAAAAGAUUUUCUUAUCACUAAGGAAAAGUGAUGUUUCAGAUCAUUAGUAAUCGAUUUUCUUUAGAUCUGACUGUCAGUCAUGUGAAAGUCCCAGAAGGAGAAAUUUUAAGGAACAUAAAACAUUUAAAUGCAUACUAUUUGCCCCUAUGGAAAGAAAAUAAGUUGACCUGGAAAAGAAAUUACUUUUUUUUUUCUGUACAUGUACAAGUAUAACACCAUAAAUUACAUUUCCAUACAAGAAUGAAUUGAUAUUGUUCAUAUUAUAGUGCAGUUAAAAAUGUUUACAAGGCAUACAUUUAUCACACUAUGAAGUUGACAUACAUGAACAGAAUAUUAUUUUGUGUGGUUUCUAUUAUAGGGCUCAGUUAACAUUAUGGAUUACUGAAUCUACUGAUAAUCUAGUACUUUUUUUCUUUCGCUUGGAGAAAUGUGAAAAUGUGAUAGUGGUAUGAAUGAGGGUAUUGAUAAAUGGUAUUGAACAGAAAGGUCUCUAUGUACCUCAUUUCCAUAUAGUUGUUAUUUUGUAAUGUAAAUUAUUAAAUGUAUGAAUCUGAAGUUUUAAUAAAUGUUGGAAAACUGGUAAA